CCCUUCAGUUCUAGCUGAAGAAUCCCGCAGACCUACAUGUGCCUCGCUGUCCUUUGGAAGAAUGACAGAUGACAAAGAUGUACUUCGAGAUGUGUGGUUUGGACGAAUACCGACCUGCUUCACUCUGUACCAGGAUGAGAUAACUGAGAGGGAAGCCGAACCUUAUUAUCUGCUUUUGCCUAGAAUAAGCUACUUGACACUAGUAACAGAUAAAGUGAAGAAACAUUUCCAGAAGGUUAUGAGGCAAGAGGAAGUUAGUGAAAUAUGGUUUGAAUACGAAGGUACACCGCUGAAAUGGCACUACCCAAUUGGUUUGCUGUUUGAUCUCCAUGCAUCAAAUACAGCCCUUCCUUGGUGCAUCACAGUGCAUUUCAAGAAUUUUCCAGAAAAGGAUCUUCUUCACUGCCAUUCUAAGGAUGUAAUUGAAGCUCAUUUUAUGGCUUGCAUAAAAGAAGCAGAUGCUUUAAAGCACAAAAGUCAAGUCAUCAAUGAGAUGCAAAAAAAGGAUCAUAAACAGCUGUGGAUGGGGUUACAGAAUGAUAAAUUUGAGCAAUUUUGGGCCAUAAAUCGAAAACUCAUGGAGUACUCUCCAGAAGAGAGUGGAUUUCGGUACAUCCCAUUUAGAAUUUAUCAGGCAACGACAGAAAGGCCUUUUAUACAGAAGCUGUUUCGACCAAUUGAUUCAGGAGGACAGCUGCAUACUUUGGGAGAUCUCCUAAAAGAUGUGUGUCCAAGUGCUAUUACACCUGAAGAUGGAGAAAAGAAGACCCAAGUGAUGAUUCAUGGAAUUGAGCCAAUGCUGGAAACACCACUGCAGUGGCUAAGUGAACAUAUGAGCUAUCCAGAUAACUUUCUUCACAUCAGUAUCAUUCCCCGGCCUACCGAUUGACACUCUGCUCUCCUGGUACAAGGAUCAUUCUCAAGCUCGAGUUAUAAGAGCAGGUCAACUUUUUGCUCCUUGAUGGAGGCAGGCGGACCGGAAAAAAAAUACUAAAACAAAAAGCAAAAAAUGAAACAAAACAAAAGUCCUCACUGCUGCGAGCCAAACAGGAAGAGAGAUCCUAUCAGCAGAUAGGGGCAAUUGGGCUGAUCUUACUCUGCAUCACCACUGCUUUUCUUCCCUGCUGUAAUUAAACUUGGGUUGCGAUAUGAAAGCCUUUAGAGGACUUCUGCAAGUCUGCUGUUUUCUUGUAAAAUAGAAUGAAGCUGAAACUGUCAGCUUGAAGAGCAAAUGGAAAUAUGCCACUUGAUUGUAUUUCUGAUUCACAAAUAAACAGGGGUAUUUCCUAAAGCGGUCGUGUUUCACCUUGGGGAGUGGAAACAUUGGUUUAAUUUUCUAGAAAGUUAGACACUGAGAGAUUCAGUUACCAAUAGCUUUUUGUAAAAGAUCAAAUUACUGUAAACCCAUCUUUCCUUAAUGAGAAUUUCAUGUUUACAGUAUGUGUAUUGGUAUGCAAAUGAUCUUUUAACUUUGAUAACAAGCAGUGAGAGAUUUUAAAGUAAACCCAUGAGCAUGUUUUGUCAUUUAAAAACAUGCACAACUUAAUAACUUACAAAUACUUUUGAUUUGUAUGCAGUUACUUAAUGUACUCCAGUAUGUUUAUUAUUCAAACCAGUUUUCAUAGAAUAGCAAUGAUGUAGGGUAAUUUGUCUCAGGAUUUGUCACGGCAUUUCUUUGUGCUCAUCUAUUUUUUUUCUGUGAGAAUAUUUUCUUAAAUUAGUUUUAAAAGCUUUUUUUAAAAAAAAAAAAAAAAAAAAAGUAAAUGGAUGUUGCAA